AUGUCUGUUUCUGAAUCGACAAAUGAACUAACACGGACAGGAACGAUUGAUGAGGAAUCCUUAAUUGAAUUAACUGAAAAUAAUACAAUCUCCGACAAUAUUGUGAUCGACAAAAAACGUCGACAAUCUAUUAUACCUCUUUCCCAUCAACCUAAACCAAUUGAUGCAACAAAGGUCUCUGACUUUGAAUCGAAUAACGGUGAUAAUGAGGAUGAAGAUGAAUUUGAUUCAUUUAUUCUUAAUAAUUUUAACUCGUUUUCAGGAUCAGAAAAUGUAAUCGAUCGGUUAGAUAAUAUCGAUAAAAAAUUUAAUUUACAUAAAAUUUUACGUAACCUUCGUUAUAUAGCUAUACCUUUACUUGUUGAAGGAGAUGCUAAAAGAAAAUAUUUUCGAAAUAGAAAUAACAUAAAAUCAUACGACGACUUUUAUGAAUUUCUUUUCAUUAACUAUGAUGUAAUUGAACCUAAUACACGUCGUUUUCAACCUAAUCCAUCAUCAUAUUCAUCAAAUCAAAAUAAUUUUACACAUAAUCCAUUAACACAUAAAAAUAUAUCGUUCGAAGAUCAACAAAAAGCAACCACGAAUAAUUUUGAUUUAACUGAUAAUUUGCCUCCACGUCCUAUUUUAAGAUCAACUGCUAUGAUUGAUAUUGGAGCCACCAGACUAUCUGGUGAUGAAUCCGAAAAUCGAUCAACCAUUGCACCUCCUCCUAACAUCUCCUACAACACUUAUAAUCUCGAUCAGACAACAUAA